CAUGGCCGCCGCCAGCCCCGGGCCUGAGUGCGGGCGGGCGCCCCUGGGCUCUGAUCCCCUCGGCUGCGGGCGCGGCGCAUGGGCUUUCUGCGGGGCGCGCCCCCGUGCGCCCGGGCCAUGGCACGCCUGGGCGCCGUGCGCUCCCACCACUGCGCGCUGCUGCUCGCCGCGGCGCUCGCGGUCUGUGCCUUCUACUACCUGGGCUCGGGCCGCGAGACCUUCUCCAGCGCCACCAAGAGGCUGAAGGAGGCCCGCGCCGGGGUCCCCGCCGCGCCCUCGCCUCCCGCUCUGGAGCUGGCGCGGGGGUCCGUAGCCCCGGCCCCGGGAGCCAAGGCCAAGAGCCUGGAGGGCGGCGUGCCCGGGCCGGUGGACUAUCACCUGCUGAUGAUGUUCACCAAGGCAGAGCACAACGCCGCGCUGCAGGCCAAGGCCCGCGUCGCGCUGCGCUCGCUGCUGCGCCUCGCCAAGUUCGAGGCGCACGAGGUGCUAAACCUGCACUUCGUGAGCGAAGAGGCCAGCCGCGAGGUGGCCAAGGCACUGCUGCGGGAGCUCCUGCCGCCUGCCGCGGGCUUCAAGUGCAAGGUCAUCUUCCACGAUGUGGCUGUGCUGACGGACAAGCUCUUUCCUGUCGUGAAGGCUAUGCAGAAGCACUUCAGUGCUGGCUCGGGGACCUACUACAGCGACUCCAUCUUCUUCCUCUCUGUGGCCAUGCAUCAGAUCAUGCCCAAAGAGAUCCUGCGGAUCAUUCAGCUGGACCUCGACCUAAAGUAUAAGACCAACAUCCGGGAGUUGUUUGAGGAGUUUGACAAUUUCCUGCCAGAUGCUAUCAUUGGCAUAGCCAGGGAGAUGCAGCCCGUGUACAGGCACACAUUCUGGCAAUUCCGCCAAGAGAACCCUAACACCAGGGUUGGGGGGCCUCCCCCUGAAGGGCUCCCAGGCUUCAACAGUGGGGUGAUGCUGCUGAGCCUGGAGGCCAUGCGCCAGUCCCCACUCUACAGUCGCCUGCUGGAGCCCGAGCAGGUGCAGCAGCUGGCCAGUAAGUACCACUUCCGAGGCCACCUCGGGGACCAGGACUUCUUCACCAUGAUCGGCAUGGAGCACCCCGAGCUCUUCCAUGUGCUGGACUGCACCUGGAACCGGCAGCUGUGCACCUGGUGGCGGGACCAUGGCUACAGUGACGUCUUUGAGGCCUAUUUCCGCUGUGAGGGCCACAUCAAGAUCUACCACGGGAACUGCAACACCCCAAUCCCAGAUGACUAGGGGCCUCUGGGACAGGCCCAGGGCCACACCAGCUCCUCCAGGGACUUUGCAGGGGCAUCCUUGGGAAUCUGGGUGCUGCCGACCUCUCAGCCAGCCACCCAGGACACCCAGGAAGUCUGGCCUUUGAGUUGCUGGUGUUCAGGAGCUCAACACGGGGCCAGCAUCCUAAGGACAAACGCGGAAGUAUCUUCCAGUUGGCUGGGAAACAGCAUUUGAGAAGAAAUAAAAGCAAAUGAUGCCCUUGCGCCAAGGAAUCAAAAUCCUUUUAAGAACUGGCCUUCCUUGACCAGGUAUAAAUUUGAUUCAAGUCGACAGGCUCAUGUUUUGUGAGAAAGAACCAAUGGCAUAGCUGCAGCUCUGGGUGAGCUCAAGCGAGACAGCCAGGCUUGCCACAAACAGCCAGAUCGCUGUGUCCAAGGAGCCCCGGCCCUCCUCAUCCUUGUCCAGGAGGCCAUGUUCUUCCUCUUAAGAUGCCUCAUGCUUGGCACAGGCUUCAUGAUCCACCUUUUCAGGAGACACCUCCAGGGCCAGCUGCGGGCCGUGUAGCAGUCUGCUUAUUGUAGCGUCUACAGCUUUUAUCUCCCAGUUACAUCACAGAGCUCCAGUAUCCCGUGUCCCUCCUUCAGCCCCGGUGACCUGACUGUUGUAAGAAAUCAAGUCUAAAACCAAAAAGAGCAGAGAUUGGCCACUCCAAGACAUUCAGUAGAGUCACCUGGACUUGGAAGAUCGAUUCCAAAGAGGAACAGCCCAGCUGUUCACCAGCACAAGGCUUAUCAUCACCCUCACCUCUCUUUUUUUAGUUUAUGUGUUUGGCAGGGGUCUUGCUACACAGCUCAGACUAGUAGUGAUCCUCCUGUUUUCA